UGUGGGCAGCAUGUGCAACACGAUUGGGGCACUCCUCGCCAAGCAGCUCGCCAUCCAGGUCUUCACAGGGGCGUACAUGGCUGCUGUCGACAUCAUUCACUUCCUGCUGACUCUCUUUCCUCUCUGUGCGUCCGACCCCAGACCCGCACCAGCUUCGCCCGGCAGGAGGAAGAGGAGGAGGAGACAGGUGAGGAGCAGCCUCCUUGCGCUCGCUCUGGCCCUGUGCACGGGCCCUGGCUGGUACGUCCUGGCGAUGGCCACCUCAUCCUGCCCCGAGUUCCACGGCGCCCAGAGGAGACUGCUGGGGACGGCGCUUCAGGAGAAUAUGGAAGUGCUGGGCUUUGCUCUGGGGAUGCUCGCUGCGCUCGUCGCCUUCACGGCCAGGAUCCCUGCGCUGUCUGGAGCGUGCAGAGGGAGGCUGUCUCCAGUGACCCAGCACUGGGCCAGCAUCUCCUCGGCCCUGGCCAGCGUCCUGUAUGCAGCAGCCAUUGUGACUCAUGACCAGCGGCCCGCGUACUUUGUGAGAGCCAUGCCCUGGCUCCUGCUUUCCCUGGGCUCUGCUGCGCUUGACAUGGCUAUCACCUGUCUGUCCUGCUUGAUGAAAAGCCAGAUGAGCCAGCGGCUGGGCCUUGUGGCUGAGGCAACAGAGACCCCGGCUACGUGGGCGCUGCUGGCACAGGCAGAGGAGGAGGAGGAAGAGCGGACGGGAACCGAAGAGGGAAAGGCCCCCAACUGGCUGCCGCUGAACAUGUUCCCAGCACCCAAGUCGCUCCACGAGGGGGCUGCCGUUGGCCGCUGCCUGGAUCUCACCGUCGAGCAGGUGCAGCAGGCUGGCCAUGGUGCAGUGAGGCUGCCGGGAGAUGGACAGAUGAGUGCUGCCGACCCUGCUCUGCCAGAGCCCCCUGCCUACCCUCCAGUCCAGGUCAUUCACGCCAAGCUCUCCCCCUCCAGCUCCUCAUACGUCUCCUCCAUUAGCUCCGAGCUUGAGUGGGACUUUGGAGACAUGAAUCUUCAGUGGAACAGAAAUGGCACCAAGGAACCGAACCUCCAGCCCGGCAGCAGCUCAGUGCUGAACGCAGGCUUCAAACAAACCGCAGCUGCGCUGAGACUGUGUGAUAAUGACGCCCCCUGGGCAGAGGAAUCAUAGCAGGGAAUUUGAAAAACCAGCAGAAGAAAGAUCCUCUGUAGAAGAUCCCUGGAAGGUCCAGGUACAGCAG